UGUGUGCGUGUGCGCGCCUGUAUGCGUGUGCGCCACUCGGCUACCUGUCUUCAACCAGCCGCAGGUUCAUCGCGAGGACGGACGUGUGUGGUUGUCAUGCUGUCUGCUGGCCGGCUGUCCCUCAGCCUCCAAGAUGGGAUCUUUCAGCUGCUUAAUCCCCAGAAGGUCCUCUUCCUGACACAGGUCCAGCUGAACCAGUUAAAAGCCGGAUUGGACAGCAGGGUCUUGGUCAUGACACCAUGGAGGGCUUAUGUGUUCCACUGCAGGCAGCCAGUCAAGCUGGACAGCUCCUUCAGCUACCUGGAGAUCUACGCCAUCACCAUCGGAAGCCUGAACCAGAUGGUGAUUGAUACCGACAAGCAGAGUUACACUUUUAACCUGAUGACCAUGGAGGACCUGGAGGCAGUGGUCAGUCAUGUGACUGCUUCACUCAAGAAGAUCUUUCCGGACUCGUCACCAGGGAAACUAUUGAAGAAGGUCCCCACUGAGCUGCAAGAGCAGCUGCGGAGGCUGACAGCCCAUGUGGAGGAGCAACUGAGCAGCACCCAGGGGCCAUGCGGUGGCUUCUCAGAGACUUAUGCCGCCUUGUGUGACUUCAAUGAGUUCCCCUGUCGAGAAGAGGUCCAAUGGGAUGUGGACAAUAUUUACCAUGUCCAGAGCUGUCGGGACUUCAACCUGCUGGAGUUCAGUCACCUGGACAGUCGUGAUCUCGCCCUGGCAGUGGCUGCCUUGUCAUUCAACCAGUGGUUCACCAGGAUCAGUAACAGAGACUUCAGGCUGAAUCCGGAUGUUCAGGAACAGGUCCUCUACAUGAUCAACAGAUCUCCCAAGCUGGAGGAGGUGUGUCUGGAGAAUAGCGGUCUUAGAUCGGAUUUUGCUUUGAGGAUGGCCUGGGCUCUUCGAGACCACUCAGGCUCCAUGCUGCACACCAUCAAUCUCUCGGCCAAUCAGAUAGAGGACAAAGGUGUGGCGGCGCUCUGUCAGCAACUGGACAAGCUGCCCCACGGCCUCGUCCAGCUGUCCCUCGCCAAGGUGUCACUCUCUUCCAGAGGUGUUGCCAAUCUGGCUCAGGCAUUUUCACACAAGUCAUUCCCCACGUCACUGCAACACCUGGACCUGUCAGGCAAUGCAGGGUGUCUGGCCAUGGAGGAGGCUGAAUGCCUGUUUAAGUUUCUGUCUGGUGAGAAUAUUGUGUCUUACCUGGACCUAAGUGGGACAGACUGCCCCUUGGACACUCUGUUUGUGUCCUUGUCACAUGGAUGCUACACCAAAAUGACUCACCUGAACUUGUCCAAGACCACCUUCUCACACAGGAAAGUGAAAGAUGUGACACGUAGUGUGAGGGAUUUCUUCAGGAAGAGUGAGAAGCUGAAAUAUGUCGGACUGGCUGGUACCAGACUUCCUGCAGAGGCUUUGCGGUUGCUGCUGCAGGGUUUAGCUACCAACACUCACCUGUCCGGACUGCAGCUGGACCUGAGUAGCUGUGAGCUCCGCUCAGCGGGGGCACAGGUGAUCCAGGAGCAUAUCUUCGAGGCCAAGGCCAUCAACAGCCUGGACCUGUCUGACAAUGGUCUGGAGAGCGACAUGGUUACCGUGAUCCUUGCCAUCGGACGGAGCCAUUCCAUCAGACACCUGGCCCUGGGCCGCAACUUUGCCAUGAAAUCCCGAAUGCUCACUGAUGUCCUACACCGGCUUGUCCAGCUCAUUCAGGAAGAGGAAUGUCCCCUGGAGUCACUGUCAGUGUCCGGCUCCAAGCUGAAGACUGGGACAACCAUCCUCAUUAACAGUCUGGGCUGUAACUCAACACUGACCAAGAUGGACAUCAGUGGAAACUAUAUCGGUGACACUGGGGCCAAGAUGUUAGCCAAAGCCCUGCUCAUUAACACCAAGCUCAAGACUCUAGUUUGGGACAAAAACAGUGUGACUGCCAGCGGUUUCAUGGAUGUGGCCAAUGCAUUAGACAAGAACUCAACUCUGCAAUACAUGUCCUUCCCCGUGAGUGAUGCGUCACAGGCAUAUCGCAGCAACCCAGAAAAAACCGAGGAGGCCUUACAGAAAAUCCAGACUUACCUACUGAGGAACAGCCAGAAACAGGAAGUGAUGUCAGACCAUGUGCUCAAACUCCAACAGAGCUUGAGGAUCAGCCAAUCAGAACAGCGAGUGCAGAACCACUGUCUGAAAGUGCAGGAGUCCAUGCGUCCACUCAGCACCUGCAGCAUGCCAGAAGUGCAGACAGAUGUCCUGCACGCGGAGGAAGUACUGGGUCACGCCAGAACGUCCCUCAACCUGCUGCCGACUCUUUUUGAAUUGGGAAGAGCGCCACCUAGCAGUGAUGUACUGCAAAACAUCCUGAAGGACACAGCCAGGGUGGUGACCAGUGAAGUUGUCGGGGAGGUUCAGGAGCUGGUGCAGACCAUGCUGCAGUCUGCACAGACCGUUUGCCCCCGCGUUGUACAAAGGUCAAGUGUCAAUGAGCAGGUGGCCGUCUGUGUGGACAGGAUGUCCCGGCAGGUUGCAUUCUUCUUCCAGGACAUGUUUGUGGAGCAGAUGGGACAGCUGGUGAAGAGCAGGCUGCGUGAACUGAGACAGGCAGUCAGUAUGUCUCUGGCAGAGAGCAUCGUCACCGAAGUCACGCAGGACUUAUCAAUAUCUCAACAGAAGCUGGAGCGACAUAUUAAGGAGCACACUCAGACCCUCCCGGGCUCUGCAUCUUCCACACCCAGAACCAACAUCCCUCAGCUCAGACUGGUGGAGGCGGAGUUCCCCACAGAUGAGUACGUUCCUGUCAUCUGGCACAGCGGUUUCCCGACUGGGAGCAUCCGCCCAGCACCGUCGGUCAAAAGUCUCUUGGAUUCGGAGACAGACUCUCCAGCCAAUGAGAGUGCAGCAGGCCAGUUGAAGCCCCACCCGGGGGAGGACACAGUAGCACACAGCUCGACGGGGCCCCUGGAGCCUGCAGGUCAGCAGCCCAUUCUGGAGCUGCCUGUGGAGAGCCAGACACUAAGACACCACACACUGUCGAGGCCACGCCCCCAGAGGAUCCACCGACACCCACCCAGCAAACGCCAGGUGGAGCUGCUCACUGAAGGUGAGAACUUGGCUUCUGAGAACGACGGCAGGGUGGACGAGGGACUCGAAGAGUUUUUCACCAAGAAAGUCCUCCCUGAGAACUGCCCCAGCCUGCAGGCCCCAGAGCUUCCAGCGAAACCAGACAACCUCGGGGGGAAACUAGCCGCCUCCAAGGACCUACGGAAAAAGUCUAGGGAUUUCUUUGCCUUCAAGCGGGUGUUUGCGGGACGACCUUGCAAAGGAGAAGGGGCGCCAGAACAGACCAUCAAAAAGACCUGCAUCGCUGACCUCAUCCGCCCCCUGAGGAUGGCUGUGCGGCCAGAGAAAGAGAGAGACAGCGAGAGGGCAACUGUAGCAGAAGAGCCUGCCAAGGCACCUGUCCCACUGCAGAGAGACGCUGCCAACCCCUACGUGCAAGUCCCCGCCCGGCUGCGCCCCCCGGAGGCUUCCCAGCGCGGCCUGCGGGCUGCCAAGGCCCAGUCCCUCAUCAUGCUGCCCAGCGCUGACUCAGGGGGGUCUGACAAGUUGACGGGCAGCCCCCCCGUCCUGCACGAUGCCCUCCAGCCCAUGGCGGUUUCCAGGACAGUGCUGCUAUCCGGAGCAAAGCCCAGCCAGAAGGAAAGUGAGCCGAGGAAAGGGGUCUCUGAGGAUCACAGGAACCAAUCACGUUCAUCCACAACCUCCCUGGAAUCCCAUAGAGUCCAGCCAUCGCCUGAAUGGCUGGCCCCUCCAAACCGGCCUUGCCCCCCAGCACCCACUAGACCCAUCUGUAAGCCCCCAUCACUGUCACCAGAAGCUCCUGUAGCUCCACCCCGACAAAAGCACCUAUCAAACCCCACCCGUCGGAGGGAGGCUCCACCCAUCCCCACAACUCCAUGGGAUGGGCGAGACCGAGCACAGUCAGUCACUGAAGCAGACAGCCUCCCAAACCGGAGACCCAGAACAAAGCCCUCACCUCGCCGCCAUACCACAUCUGUCCAUGAGGAGGUGCUACGCAAGCAGAUGGCCCUACUGAACCCUGAGGAGCUGAUGGCAGUGCCUCCCCGGCCCUUGAGGUCACCAAUACAUAAACGACCCCCCCCACAAGAACCACAUGGACAGGAGGCUCUGGAAAAGUGGACAGGACAAACCUCAGGUGGGGGCAGACCGAGAGAGGAAGAGUCCACCAAAGAAAGGGGAAGGAUGAUCACUCCAGACCAAACCAGAUUAGAGGCAGAGAGGGCAGAUGCAAGUCCACCCCCUCUCCCACAGAAACCUAUGGACUGACCCUGACUAUUCCAGCACAUACCUGAUUCUGUACACAGAAAUGCACAAAAGACAACUAUGCCGAUUCCCCUUAUUAUUUUAAUUAAAAAUGACUUUUUAAAGA